GGUGCGUCAGAAUCAGUGGUCAUCAUUUCGCCCAGGAGAGGGAAAGAAAAAGAGAGAAAGAAGGAAUAAUUUUAUAGAACAGAGAGAAAUAGAAUAACUGCGCAAGAGGAAGAAAAUACAACGGAUUCAUAUAACGAAUGAAAAAGAUAAAAGAAAAGAGGAACAAGAAAUAUACAACGAAAGACACGAAGGUGCUUACAUACGGGGCGGGCCUGCCAGUCUCAACCACUUCGUGGAGUGUACUUUUUAUGUAUUCAAAAUUCUGUAUUCAAAUACGUAACUAUUCUCAAUUGUUAGUUGUUGCUAUAUAUGAAAACUUGUGAUUUAUUCGAUGCAGAAUAAAAAUUGUUAGAUGGCGUGAUCUUAUUUGUAAUCAAUUAAUAAAUUGUGAGUGAAGAUUGUUAUUGUGAGUGAAGAGAUUGUUAUUGUUGAUUGAUUCGCCUUGCCGGCUAUCAAAAUCAUUAGAAAAACAAUAAUCGUAACAUAAAUAACGACAAGAAAUAAUUUUCAAAAUUUUAGUGUCAGUGGUAGUGUUGGAGAGUGGUAGUGGAUCAAGAAGACGAGUGUGCACAAAAAAGGGUUGUUAUGGGGCGAAAGUGUCUACUUUUGACGCUGUAUUUGCUGACUAUAUUCGGUUUUCUCGCAGCGAAUGCUUUUUCUACUAACAAUGAAUCUUGUUCUUUAAGACAAUUUCAAUGUGCAAAUGGUAAAUGUAUACCACUUCCAUGGAUUUGUGAUGGAACGGAUGAUUGCGGAGAUAAAUCCGAUGAAACUAUUAAGAAAUGUGAAGGUCCCCAAAAAUGUUCCGAUACGGAGUUCAAGUGCAUGAACGGCAAAUGCAUACCCGGAACGUGGCAUUGCGAUGGCGACAAUGAUUGUCGAGAUGGUUCGGAUGAAGAUCCAACAGUUUGCAGUAAGUAUAUUUUAUCCUUUUAAUUUAAUUUCUUAUUUC